UAAAUUAUCACAUAAAUCUAUCAAGAUCACAUCAGUAAUACGUCACACGAUCCAAGCGUUACACAUAAGAAGCAGCUAUCGGGAGGAGCGCGGAACGAGCGCCCCGCAUUUCCGUAAUGCUCGCUCGAAGAUGCCGCGGGAUCUCAGUGAUUAUGGUCCACGUGGAGACUGUCGAUUUGUUUCCCGGUCGGCGCCGUGGCCGCCGCACGCUCGGCGCGCGUUCCUCGUCCGGGACGAAGACGAAACGCGUCCGUCCGCGUGCGAGCGCUCGCUCGGCAGCCUCCGCGGCGUCGCGCGUCUCCUAUAAACAGCUCCGACAUUGAGAAGUGGGGGUGUGGCGUUGGGUUUCCCGUCGCUCUUGCUGAUGUGGAACGUGAGAAAGAAGCCCCGUCGUUCCUCGCGCCGCCAGUGAAGGAGCCUGCUCGUUCUGACGCUCGGAAGCCGCCCCCUCGAACAGCCCGUCGAGUCGACCCUCGUUGCGCACUGUUUACUUUCCCUUUCACGUUUUGUAUGCGAGGACUCAUGUUCCUCCAGAUACUGAUCGGUUUUUCCAUCCUGGCGACGGCAAUCCCGAAGCCGGACAGCGAGCAUCGCAUCUUGAGCAAGGAUGUAAGCAGCGAGGAUCACUACAUCAACUCGCAACACAACUCAGCCUACGAUCAUGAGGCCUUCCUUGGGGAAGAGGCGAAAACCUUCGAUCAACUUAGCCCUGAGGAGAGCACCAGGAGGCUAGGCAUAAUUGUUGAUAAAAUAGACAAGGAUAACGAUGGCUACGUGACUCAGGAAGAGCUGAAGGACUGGAUAAUGUACACGCAACAGCGUUACAUCAGAGACAACGUGGAACGUCAGUGGAAGGCUCAUAAUCCGGAAGGAAAGGAGAAACUGCCGUGGACGGAGUACAAGGCUCUGGUUUACAAUUACAUGGACGAGCACGAGAAAGAGAGGCAGGACAAGUCGGAUGACAAUACCCUUUCAUACAUGCAAAUGCUGAAGAGAGAUCGUAGAAGAUGGACCGCUGCAGACUUGGACGGCGACGAUGCCUUAACUAAGGAGGAAUUUGUCGGCUUCCUUCACGCGGAGGAGGUGGAGCACAUGAAGGAUGUGAUAGUACUGGAAACGAUGGAGGACAUUGACAAGGAUGGAGAUGGAAAGAUAUCUCUUACAGAGUACAUCGGCGACAUGUAUCUAGGUAACGAGGGCGAAGAAGAGCCGGAAUGGGUGAAGAACGAAAAGGAACAAUUUUCGUUGUACAGAGACAAAGAUGGGGACGGAUACUUGAAUACCGACGAGGUAAAAACGUGGAUCAUUCCGGCGGAAUUCGAUCACGCCGAGGCAGAAUCCAGGCAUUUGAUUUAUGAAGCGGAUACGGACGCGGAUCAUAAGCUUACCAAGGAUGAGAUUUUAGAGAAAUAUGACAUUUUCGUUGGAUCUCAGGCGACAGACUUUGGCGAGGCGUUAAAGAGACAUGACGAGUUCUGAGGGUGCAGUCUCAUAAAAAUUAAAGAUUACUAACGAACAAAACUUAAACUCUUGUAACGCUUUACUUAAGAUCUUUUUAGUUUAUAAAUCAUUUACGAAGGAGAGUAUUUAUCUACUUAUUCUAUUAUACAUGUUUUAUAUAUUAACGUAGAUGAAAGAAAUAUAUAAAAUGCUAUAUCUGCCAAAAAUUGUAAAGAUUAAUUAGCUGUUGUUAUACAAAAAAAAAAUAAACUUUUGAUACUAUA